GCUCUGUUCAAGCUGCUUCCCAUUCUGAAAGCAGAUAAGGAUGCGCUGCUGGAUGUUUUAUUAUGCUGGUGGAAUCAUCCUGUGCUUUUGGACUUCUUUUUCUACACAAAAAGAAUCCAGCCACUGGUGUGCUGGAUUUUCAAUCGAUCUGAACAAAUACACAUGCUGCAGUGGAACUAUACAUAAGACGCCUCACCUGAGCUGCUGUGGAAAAUCUGCCUACAAUAUCUUGGAGAGUUCUUGCUGCCUGAAUGAGUUAACUCUGGGUUUGAGCCAGACUGUCUCAAAUUGUUGCGGAUCAAAGGCCUACAACCCACUAAAUCAGAUUUGCUGUGGAGGAAACGUCUUACUCAGAAAGAGUGCUCAAAACAAAUGCUGUGGAUCAGAGUUGUACGAGGAGAGGACUCAUCUAUGUUGUGGUCCUCAUCCCAAGAAGGUCCUUUUGUCUAAGAAAACCAGCCAUGACUUGUGCUGCGGCACAGAGUUAUACAACCCAAUCAAGCAAUGCUGUUGCUAUGAUCUCCAAGUGAUCUCAGUGGAUUCCAUUACCAGCAAGUGCUGCUUGAAUCAAGCUCUGCUUACAGGUCCUACAAGCCCUCAUCUGGAGAAUCAGACAGCAUAUUUUGAUGAACAAAGGCUAACUGGGAAACAUUCAGCAGGUCACAGUGAACCACAGAGGCAGGUCAGAAGAAAGAAAACUUCAGGCUUAGCUCCCUUUGACAGUCAGUACUGUGGACAGCAAUUGUAUGAUCCUCACACUUCAACCUGUUGUUCAGGGAAGCUGUUUCCAAACAAUGCCGGCCUAACGCAAUGCUGUGGUGAGAAAUCAUAUGAACUGUCAGAAGAGGGAGUGCUGUGUUGUGAUGGACAGCUGUAUCAUGACCAGCCUGCAGACUCCACGUGUGCUGGGAACGUACCAUAUUCUCCACACAAUUACACCAUCUGCCAGAAAGCAGCACACCUGCCGGCAGGCCAGCAAUGCUGCGGAAUGAAAACCUUUGACCCCAAUGUGGAGAUCUGCUGCAAUGGGCACAGACAUAAGAGGUCAGCGGCGGACACGGCCUGCUGUGGUAUUUACGCCUACAGUGCUAGAGCUGGUAGACACAAGUGUUGCUCUGGUCAACUCCUUGACGUGUCAUUCCUGAAGAAUAAAGAAGAGGCUGGGUGCUGUGGUCCACUCUUGCUGACAGACAGGAGAAACCAGCAGUGCUGCCACUCAGCACAGAAAACUCUGGCCUAUAAGACUCAGCCUAGCCAUUCGUGCUGUGGGCACUGGUACUACAACACAUCCAUAUGGAGUUGCUGUGCCGGUAGACUCAUUCCUGCACCGACAAACAGAACAGGCACACAAGCAGGAGAGGAAGAGUUCAUACUUCGACCCUGGAUGGAUUACAACUCAUUUCCCAUUUGCAGUAUGACUGUGAUGCUGGGAACAGUGAAGAGCUCAGCAGUGAAGGGGAAUCAGCGCUUCGUAGUCUUAACGAAUGCUAUGAAGAUCCAAGGCAAGAGAUGCAUCGUAACGGCCCAGGAGGACUCCUUUCUAGUUGGUCCACUGGACCACUGCAGCACUCCUGCCCUGAAGCAAAACAGAACUUAUCUCUGGAGAAAAAUCAGUGGACAUCACUACAAGCCCCUCUCAGAUGUUCCUAACUUGACAGCUGCCCUUCAUGCCAUCAUGACCUUUUGUCAAAGCAUGACCAGAGAUUGACAGAGCAUAGUUCUGCUUCUGCGAAAUAAACAACUGAAGCAAAACUAAAUGAAUCAUUUAAAAAAAACAACUUCAGCAGAAGGACAACGGUACCAGCCGAAUGAAAAACUUUAGUGCUGUGUAACUAAUAGAACUCUACAGAAUUCCUCAGUACACCCCGCUCUUGAAUACACCUUCAGAGUGAGAAGUCUGAGCAGUUAUAAGUCCGUAUGAAUGCAGUUAACAGCAAUACAGAAGAGGAAAUGUCUGAUGCCUCAAACAUUUGGGUGUGAAAAAGCGCUUGCCGCUGAUUAAUAAGCGUGAGCCUUUUUCCUUCUGCACAUGUGGUCACCACUAAACUGGUCAAGUGGCAAGUCUGGACGAAAUUUAUUAUCAAAAGCAAACUUCUGUUUUUAUCUCUUCAAUUCAAGAAAGUAUAUCGCUGCUGUCAGAAAUCUUUGUAUGUCCAAAAUGGU